AGAAAAAGAAAACAUAUAAAAUGUUUAUUUGUACAAGGUUAGAGAGCUAAAUGAUGAAGAGUUUAAAAACUUGACUCAAAGUUUUCCACCCUGUUAGAUCUAUAAACCUCAAAGGGUGGAAAUUAUAAUAAAUUGAUUAAAUAUUAUUUAUUGUAUAUUGCAUUAAUGUUUGUGUAUUAUAUACAGUGAGGAAAAAAAAUGUUUGAUCCCUUAAUGAUUUUGUUUAUGUUUGCUCACUGACAAAGAAAUGAUCAUUCUAUAAUUUUAAUGGUAGGUUUACCUGAACACUGAGAGACAGAAUAACAAAAAAAAAAAAAAUGGAUUUCAAGUUACACAUUGAUUUGUAUUUUAAUGAGUGAAAUAAGUUUUUGACCUCUUGCAAAACAUACUUGAUGUCAAAACCCUUGUUGGCAAUCACAGAGGUCACAGACGUUUCUUGUAGUUGGCCACCAGGUUGCACACAUCUCAGGAGGGAUUUUGUCACACUCCUCUUUGCAGAUCCUGUGAAAGUCAUUAAGGUUUCAAGGCUGAUGUUUGACAACUCAAACCUUCAGCUCCCUCCACAGAUUUUCUAUGGGAAAUGAUGCCAAAAAACAAAAAACAAACAAACAAACAAAAAAAAAAAAACAGGAAGGGGGCAAAAACUUCUGCAUUGUAGAUGUGUGUCAGAUCCAAGUCAUGUGCAGCAGCAGGUCUUAAAGUCACAGCAAACAAAGUUAGCAAAUUAAAGAACAAGGGUAACAGAAAUAAUUGUAGCUAUAAUAUGGGUUAGUCUAUUUUUAAAUUAGAAUCUGUGCAGUUAGGGCUGUAAAGUGUUUGAAACUUUAUUUCUGUAGGGUGAAAUCAACAAAAGUGGGACAUCCAUUAAAGUGGAACAAAUAAGCUUUUGGUUUAGUGCUUAUUUAAAAAAAAAAAAGACUGAUAAUAAUGAGUGGUUUUGAAAUGUUGCAAUAACAGUACUUAAUUUGAAUAUCAACAUUUGAUUAGUCAAAAUCAUAAGGUUGUGGUUACCACUCAAAUGCUGGAAGGUCUGAGAAAGUACACGGUAGUGUCUGUGCAUAGUUUAGGUCUAUCAAAAUUGUUAAGGUUUUUAAUACAAACAGUAUUGAAUUAUAAUUCAAACUACAAUAUAAAUUUAUAUUAUUUGUUCAUGUGAUAAUUCAGUUGUAUGAAAUGAUGUGCAAGUUUCUUUGUUUUGUUUUUUUUUAUUAUUUAUUUAUUUAUUGUAUUAUUGUAUUGUGAUGUGAAAGUUUCUUUGUUUUUUUAUUUAUUUAUUUAUUUAUUGUAUUAUUAAGGAAUAUUAAGUUUUGUUACUGUCCCAGUGUACCUGAAAAUGUUGGGACAGUAGCAUUCAGCUAAAGUGACUAAACUAAAAGAUAAAACAUUGCUUAAUGUGAGAAAGUCUCUGUAAACAAGGGCAUCCCUGUCUUUUAUGAUUGUUUGUUAAUGUAGUUAAUCCAAUUACAGCAUCUUAUUUUAAUAAAUUAUAAAUAUAUACUUUAUAUGUCUGUCCUGUCUAAACUGUAAUUAUUUCUGUAGCCACCAGAACAGAGAAUUGUUUUGGCGCUUGUCAUCGUGAUUGAUUGUGAUAAGAAACCACUUGGCUUUCUUUGUGUCCCCGCUCCAAAGAAAAGUUUUGUUUUGUUUUGAAGCAAUAUUGUAUAGGUGCAGUUCCAGACAUUACAGAUUGUAAACAAUGCACGACAGUGAUAGAGAGCUCAUCCACUGUUAGAACUUAUUAACACUGGUGUUCCACCCUGUUAGACAAGUUCUUUUAAAUUACAAUUUAACAGCAACAUUAAAUAGUUGGCAUACUUUUGUCUUAUUUUGUGAGGUGAGGAGUAUUAACAGCAUAUAUUUUUGAGCAAUUUUUUAUUAUUAUUAAUAUCCUGUUGGCAAAAAUGGGCACAAAAAGUACCUGUUCUUAAUAAUUAAGACAUAUUCUAUUCAUCAAUAAUUGUUUUGUUAUUGUUUCAAGAAUAAAAAAAAAUAUAUAUAUAUAUUAUUAUGGCAUACAGGGCAUAUACCAUCCAAGAAAAGCUCAUGAUUGUUUAACAUUUACAUUAUUAACAUUUUGUGAUAACUAUGUAUAUGUCCCAAACAGUGUGGAAUACUUUCACAGCCAGUGUCUGAACAAUCUACCUAUAAUUAUUAUUUUUGGCCAAUAUGUAUUCCUAAUAGAUAAACACGUCAUCUAUUUUAGUUGAAUGCUAAAUACAUAAAUUUUCCCAAAAAUUAUGAAGCCAAAAUGUUACUGGAUACCAGGAAUGACCCAGUAGUGUUUUAUAGGGCAAAGUAUAAAAGUAUCUCCAAUCCAUCAUCCUUCAUAAUUACAUCAUUCAUGUAACACAAAAUACAUUUGAGUCAGACAGGCCUGAUCUUUUAAUUCUGUCACAGAUUAUAAACAGUGAACAGCGUAAUUAUGCAUGCAAUGAAGCUCACUCUGGACCAUAUAUGCAAUCUUUUGUGCCAGUGAUGAAGUAAACUGAAUGCUUUUUUACACAUUUAUAUUAAUUAUACCAUAUCAUAAAUGUACACAAAGUACACAAAUUACAUGACAUCGUUAUACAGAAGAUUAAAAAAGGUAAUAAGCUGCACUGUUUGCAUUCCAUUGCUUGGCUGCAUGGGUUUGUGCCCCCUUGGCAUGACUGUGAAAAAUACAAAAAAAUACUAAAAGUACAAACACAACAACUUUAAACAUGUAAUAACUUCUAUAUAUAAACAUUUAGCCCUUUAUAGCAAACAUUUAUAGCAAAAUGAAUGUAUUUAAAAAGUGUACACAGAUAAAGGUAAUCUGAAUAAAGUUUAUCUGAAUAAUGAUCUGUGAUGAUAAUAAGUGAUGAAGAUUUUAAUUAUUUUAUUAAUAAAUAUUAUGAAGAAAAUGAAUGAAUGAAAUAAAAAAAAUUAAAUUCUUAAUUGAAUAAUAAUAAUAUAAUAAUAUUUUUAUGUACAUUUUUAAAUAAAGACAAAUAAAUUUAACAUGUAAAUAAAUAAAUCAAUCAAUAAAUAAAUGUGUGUUGGUGUGCUUGAACAGAACAGAACGCCACACCAAUAGGUGGUGCUAAAGCUCCAAAGUGUAACGCGUAAAUUACGCGUUAACAUAUGUACAACACGUUUUGGCCCUUAUGGCCUUCCAUACUGAUUUCACGCGUUUCAUAUAAUAGGUAUUGUCCCCAAUGGCGUUCCAUACAAAUGGAAAACCUUGGCGCGUGACGUCAUAUCCUGCUCCCGCUCAUAUUCGCAGCGGCAAAGUCUAGUGUGAGCGCGAAUGGGACCAUAGCUAAGGAAUGAUUUACUAGCCGUUGUCAAUAUUUUCUCCCUGUUGUUCUGCCUUUUUUUUUUUUUUUUUUUUUUUUUUUUUUUUUAAAACAGUGUUUUUAAGAGUCAUGUCUUGCAGAAGAGGAGCUUUAAUUGUUCUGGAGGGAGUAGACAGAGCCGGGAAAACUACGCAAUGUCACAAACUUGUGCAGGCUUUACAGCAGAGCGGACGAGCUGCAGAAAUGAUGCGAUUUCCAGACAGAACUACUAAAAUUGGUAAGCUGAUCAGUUCAUACCUGGAGAAGAAGAGUAAUCUGGAGGAUCAUACUGUUCACCUGCUGUUUUCUGCAAACCGAUGGGAAAUGGUGCCUCUGAUUAAACAGAAGUUGGAACAAGGAAUCAAUCUAGUGGUGGACCGCUAUGCGUUUUCUGGAGUUGCUUUCACUAGUGCCAAGCCUGGCUUCUCUCUGGAGUGGUGCAUGAAUCCAGAUGUGGGACUUCCAAAACCGGACCUGGUGAUGUUUUUGCAGCUCAAUCCCAAUAUGGCAGCAAACCGUGGAGAAUAUGGAAUUGAACGGUAUGAGACGAGCGCUUUCCAACGCACAGUUCAUCAAAGAUUUGAACAGCUCAUGCAGGAUUCCUCAGUCAACUGGAAGGUAAUCGAUGCUGCAAGGACCAUAGAAGAGGUGCACAAAGAUAUUAAGCUUUUGAGUGAAGACAUCAUCAGUUUAGCCGAGAAUCAGCCAGUCGGAGAGCUGUGGAGAAUUCUGGAUCUAUGAGGCAGCAGUAUAAGAGAUUACCUGGAGUGAGAUUAAGUACAUCUGCGGUAAUUAGAUGAGAUGGCUGACUGUCUACCAGUUCAAACAUUGGAAGACCUCUACAGUUUGAAACCUGUACAAGGGAAAAACCACAGUGAAGAGUGAACCAAAGGUACAAACAUAAAGGCUACCAAAAGUUAAAAAGUAAUUAAGUACCUUACGAAUCUGUGCACACCAGUCAUCAAAAUCAUCCUCUGUUUGACAGAAGAAGCCCUGAUGGACAAAAUUUUGUAUGGAUGAUACUAUUAAAUCAAAGGAAAUUACAAUUUCUAACAACAGUAAUAUAACAAUAAUAUUUUUCAUCAAGACAAGCAAGCAUGUUUUACUCUUGAUUUUUAUUCAACUGUUACUGUGGGGGAAAUGAAAUUAAAUAAUCCAAUUUUUCUCUAUGCAUUAACUUUAACAAUACUGUAAAAUACAGUACAGCUGUAUAAUGUGAUUCAGUUACUUCUUGAAAAUAGGGCUCUAUGUUUUCCCACUGAUGUGAUCAUGCACAUUUAUAUGUAUUGUGAUCAUGAUUUACUAUAUGAGCCAGAGUCUUAAUAAUACAUACUUGUAUGCA